AUGCAUCAUGUUCCAACAAGGUUUGCAACAAGGAUUACAACAAGGAUUACAGCAAGUUGUCUCAUAUGUGGCUGGAACGUCAGUACUUCGACAGUAUGAUAUUGGGGAUCAAAUUGCUAGUGCAGGAACUAAAAAGACAACUAGCCAAAAAGUAGCUGUAUUUAUAUUUGAAAAAAAGAUUUUUGAUAAUACUUUACUGAAAAAUUAUGAAAAAAAAGAAACGGACAAGAUUUAUCAGGUUUUAAAGAGAGAGGCUAGUCAGCUUGCAAGGCUUCGUCAUCCAUCACUACUGGAGAUUGUUGAGGCAGUGGAAGAAUCAAGAACUGUAAUUACAUUUGCCACUGAACCUAUUUUAGCAUCCCUCGCUAAUUUACUUGGAAAUACCGAAAAUUUGUCAAGUAUUCCCGAUGAUAUUAAAAACUUUGAGCUAGACGAGUUAGAGAUUCAAAAAGGCUUGUUGCAAGUUGGCAAAGGCCUUCAGUUUUGUCACAAUGAUGCAAAAAUUGUUCACUCAAACCUCGUUCCAGAAUCCAUAUUUGUAAAUACUAAGGGCGAUUGGAAAAUUGGAGGAUUUGGAUUUAGCCGAUUUUUCAACAACCCAGAUGCACCACCGGAAUAUGAAUAUCCUGAUUUUGAUUCACGUAUACCAAGUUAUGCGCAAAAGAACUAUGAUUAUAUGGCACCAGAAUUUGUGCUAGAUGAAUCAAUUGAGUUUGCAAAUGAUAUGUUUGCUCUCGGUUGUUUAAUAUACACAGUACAUAGCCAUGGGAGACCCCCAAUGGAAAAUCGCAAUAGUAUACAUAAUUAUCGCAAGAAUAUUGAAAGGUUAUCAUCAACUAAGUAUGACCAUCUUCCUUAUCAUCUUCAUGAGGUUAUGUACCAUUUAAUAACUCGUUAUCCAUCACAGAGAAUGACUGCCACCGAAUUUCAAGCAAGCAAAUACUUUGAUAAUGUUCUUGUUUCUACUGUAAAAUUUUUUGAAAGUUUUCCCGAGAAAACAAAGGAUGACAAAAUUAGUUUUAUGAAAGGGUUAAUUCGAAUAUUACCCCAAUUUCCCGAAAGAGUUUUAUUACGCAAGAUUUUACCAUGCCUUCUUCAAGAAAUUAAGGAUCAUAGUCUUUUACCUUAUACUCUCCCUAAUAUUUUCUUCAUCUCUCAAAAAUUGUCACCCACGGAUUUUUGUGAAAAAGUUCUUCGUCCGCUAAAGCCAAUUUUUAUUAUUUCCGAGCCCGUGCAGAAUUUUGUUACAUGUUUAGAUCAGAUGGAGUUGUUUAAACAAAAGACUACAUCUUCUGCUUUCAAAGAUGACAUAAUGCCCUUAAUCUAUAAUUCUUUGGAGGCAAAGUCACCUGUAAUACAAGAGAAAGUUCUUAGAGUUAUACCAACGAUAGUAGAUUCGUUAGACAUUCUUACUAUUAAAUCAUCAUUAUUUCCUAGGAUACAGAAUUUAUUUGUUCACACGACAAUGUUGGCCGUCAAAGUUACAACAUUAAUUUGUUUGCAUUCAUUAGUUAAAUCAUUAGACAAUAUUACAACACUUGCCGUAUACGAUGAAAUGGGAAGGAAUGUUGAAAAGGAUGUUAUUGCUACCGAGAUUUUGCCACAGUUAUGGAAAAUGUCAGUAGUACCUACCCUUAAUCUUGACCAAAAAUUUAUGAAGGCUAUAAAAUCAUUAUCAACGAGGGUGGAAGAAGAACAUUGUAAAAAUCUUCAAGAUAUUAAGAAUAUCGAAGAACAUACUAAAAAAUAUAUGGAGGGAGGAAGUGUUGGAACUUCAAUUGAUUUUGAGAAGUUGGUUGGAACCACGAGUGUGAUGACUAAUAGCACAGUCAAUGGACAAAAUAAAAUACAAAUGGAAAUGCUUCCAAAUUCAUUUCCUUUGGGAACUACCAUGAUAUCUUCAAAUAAUUCAAACGUGCCAUUGAAUGGAAGUAUACAACCAGAUAUUCUUUCUUCAACAACUUCACCAGUAUAUUCUCAGCCUCGAAAUUCAACAAAUUCUUUUUCAAGUUCAAUAAAUAAUAUUCAACCUUCAAAUAGUUUCAAUUCGUUAUUAUCUCAACAACCUACAAACGGCAUUCUACCAUCCCUUAACAAUUAUCAGCAAAUUCCUAAUCAAAGCACAAAUUCAUCAAAUAAUAGUAUUCCAUCACUUCCUCCGCCUAAAAUUGGCACAACGCAACGUACGAGUACACCGACAAUCUCGACGUACUCCUCCACUAUUACAUCAGACUUAUUUAAUACGAUCCCGGGAUCAAAAUUUGGUUCUGGAGGUAUACUUCAACCUAGUAUUUUGAAACCAGCUAAUAAUAAUAAUUCAGGAAAUCAAAAGAUUUCUCAGGCGGAUUUAACAAUGUUUGAUCCAUUUUCUAAGUAA